GGCGAUGCGUAAAGGACCAAUAUUAAUUUUCUAUACGGGAAAGGAUAACCCCAUGACAGGCAUAAACAAGACAUACAAACGACAGAGUGCUGCCAAACGGGACUCACCGGACACUAUCAUGCUAGUCACUGAUCAGGCGCUUAUUCGACUGUCUGAAGUGGUACACCACGAAGGGCCAGCCCACACGCCGCUGGUGGCACCUCGCGCGUCAACGCGCAGGUUCGCGCGUCGACGCGCGUCAACGCGCUUGUUCUACGAUGGGGACUUUGAGCUCGACUUCAACUUUGAGUAUCUGAGGGACGGGUGGCUGCUUGACAGCGUGGUUUUAUUGGAAGAUGGCGAAGAGGUGGGACGAACGACCAUGGGCGUCGGCGCGCCUUACGACUGGUCCUACUUUUGUUCUGAACCCCUCAUCAUUGGCAAUAUGAGGGAUAAGAGCUACGUCACCAUAUCCAAGUAUCAGGUGGAGCCGCUCCUAUUCCAGCGCAACCUCAAGUUGCAAGACGACGAUCCGCAGACGACAGAGGAUACUACGGAGGCGGAGACGGAGGCGUCAGCGGGGUCGGAUGCGCCAGCGGGGCCGGAUGCGGAGGCGCCAGGGGGGUCGGAUGCGGAGCCGCAAGGGGCUCCGCAAGCGGAGGCGCUUGAGCCGCCAGCUGUCACGCCUGCGCCGGCUGCUGACGCCCCGGCUGCCCCGGCUGCCCCGGCGGGAGGCGCCAAGAAGGGGUUCACCAACACCCAGAGCUGCGGCACAAACUUCAACUGCCACAUCCUAGCUGGCCUCUUCGUCGCGUUUCUGGUGAUCAGCAUAGCGUCCACGGGCAUCAGUGUUCUCUUCGACUGCAAGAGCAACGACCGCAUGGACGACCCUAAUCAGAAGCCGCUAGUCAUUGUCGCUCAGCUGUGACGCAUAUAUGCGUCAUGACAGUUUGGACUACACAGAAACUCACCAGAAGUCUGUGGUAGCUUAGUUUUAGUUGAUUAGCUGUAGUGCCACAUGACGCAUAUGUGCGCCACAGUACUGUCAUAUCUGCAAGAGCAACGACAGCGUGAACGACCCUUAUCAGCCGCUCUUUAUCGUGGCGCAGCUGUAGUGCCACGUGACGCGUAUGUGCGUCAUGACAGUUUAGAGUGCACAACUACAUGUUUAGUUGGCAGAACAUUACCAGUAGUCUCCAUUGUAGUAUAGCUUUAGGUUUUUAGCUGUAUGGCCACAUGACGCAUAUGUGCGUCACAGUACUAUAAUAUCUGCAAGAGCAACGACCGCAUGGACGACCCUAAUCAGAAGCCGCUUGUUAUUGUGGCGCAGGUGUAGUGCCACGUGACGCGUAUGUGCGUCAUGAUAGUUUAGAAUACUCAUGCUUGGCAGAACCUCUGCAGAAGCAGCUGUUGAGUAUUAAAAGCAUUUAUUUAUUUAUUUAAUCUUUAUUGUACACAAAGAAAGAAAAAUUACUUAAUGCCAGACAGCAUUCUCUACUAGUCCACCUUUGCAAGCAUCAAGCAUUGAUAGUGUCAAAUAUAUUAUGCGUCGUAUAAUUAUGUGCGUCAUACCAUCUUGCUGCAAAAAUCCAUGGACGACACAAAUCAAACAUCUUCAUUUAUCUUUAUGAAUGAGAAAGUGUCUGUGUUUUUGUUUGUCCGUCUUUCACGGCAAAACGGAGCGACGAAUUGCUGUGAUUUUUUAAGUGGAGUUAUUUGAAGGGAUGGAGAGUGACAUAGGGGUCUUAUUGUCUCUUUCUAACCCUCCACUUCCCUAAAAUGGGGGGUGGAAGUUUGUAUGGUGCAUUCCCCAAUUUUCGAAUUUAACUCGAGCAAAGACGCGGGUGUGUGUGUGCUAGUAUAUCCAGGGGCGGCUCACUCCGCGAUUCUAUCGCCGCGCUACAAGUACAUGCCGGCGGCCGCGAGUUCGCGGCCUAAUAAGGGGUGGCGCGCGUUCUCACGGAACGCACGUUCGCACUUUCAAUUGUUACUUUACGUCGCGAGUUGUUUUUAGGUUCAUAUGUGAUGUCCUCGUGUGAAUGACAAAUAAUAUUUAGUUAAAUAGACAUCAUGAAUAGAAUAGGACAAUCUUACACAGAUCUAAUAUUGAUUAAGUCCCACGGAAAAGUUCAACUAGGCUUGUGAUGUUGGG